CAGCCAACUUGUUGUCAAACAUAACCUAUUUUGUUGCAACUUAAUUGGUGCCGGAUUUUUCAGUUUUCUGAGAAUUUCUUGUUAUUUCGUCAAAAUUACCGGCGAAAUGAAAGAAAGCAAUGGUGAUAUUGAUACUAGAAAUGUUGUGAAGAACAGGGAGUUGCUUUAUCGCAUGAUAAUAAGCCAACUCUACUACGAUGGGUUCCAACCUAUAGCUGCGACUCUAGCGGCAGCUGUACAUGCUGACCCACCAUGCCCACCCAGUGACAGGCUCCUCAACGUAAUGAUGGUAGGCCUACAACAUGAGCCGGAUCGUAAAGACCGUUUGGCUGCUUCUAGUGGAGCUGAGCAUUUGCUUGGCACCACUGGUUUCGAUCUCGAAUAUGAAAUGGAUGCAUCGUCUCUGGCCCCUGAGCCAGCGACUUAUGAGACAGCGUACGUAACGUCACACAAGAUGGCGUGUCGCGCAGGCGCGUUCAGCGCUUGCGGUCAGCUUGUUGCCACGGGCAGUGUCGAUGCGAGUAUCAAGAUCCUGGAUGUGGAGCGUAUGUUAGCCAAAUCUGCACCUGAAGAAGUUGAUCCUGGGAGAGAGCAACAAGGACAUCCGGUUAUUAGGACCUUAUACGAUCACACGGACGAGAUAACAGCUCUCGAUUUUCAUCCUCGCGAGCAAAUAUUGGUUUCGGCUUCGAGAGAUUGCUGCAUCAAACUAUUCGAUAUUACGAAGGCUUCGGCGAAAAAGGCCUAUAAGUCCAUUACUGACGCAGAACAAGUCCUGUGCGUGGCCUUCCAUCCUCUGGGCGACCACAUAAUAGCCUCCACCACCCAACCGGUGAUCCGCCUCUAUGACGUCACUACAGGCCAGUGCUUCGUCUGCCCCAUACCCUCGCACCACCACACCAAACAAGUGAACUCCAUUAAAUUCUCCCCCAACGGUAAGUACUUUGCUAGCGGUAGUGCGGACGGGACAGUGAAACUUUGGGACGGAGUGUCCAACCGAUGCUUCAACACACUGGUCAACGCGCACGAUGGCGCACCAGUUUGCAGCGUGGCCUUCACUCGAAACAGCAAGUACGUAUUGACUUCGGGUUUGGAUUCUUCAAUCAAACUAUGGGAAUUGGCUAGCAGUCGGUGUCUUAUUCAAUAUACAGGCGCUGGGACAACCGGCAAACAAGAACACCACGCCCAGGCCAUAUUCAAUCACACGGAAGACUACGUCAUGUUCCCGGACGAAGCUACCACGUCGCUAUGCACUUGGCAUUCUCGAAACGCGUCGAGAUGCCAGCUCAUGUCGCUUGGACAUAAUGGAGCUGUCAGAUUCAUUGUCCACUCUGGGACAGCUCCAGCCUUUCUAACCUGCAGUGACGAUUACCGAGCUAGAUUCUGGUACAGGCGUAAUACGCACUAAAACGUAUAAGCACUAAUGUGAACUACAAAUGAGUGAAUAAGUGAAUGAAUGAAUUUAAAAUGUAAUGAUUUUUUAUGAUACCAUGUGUCGGGACGAAACUAGUCGUGCGGCUGGUGGUAUGCGACA